GGUUUCAAGUUUCUCAUACAAGAGACUACAAAAUAAUAAUAAGUGUUUAAUUAAUUAUAGAUAAAAUAAAUAAAAAUAAAAAUGAGAAUUAAAGAUGGGUAUCUUUUUGUAAAAGACUUUUUAACUUCCAUGUCUCUUCUCUUUAUUUCAUUUCCCGUUUGAGUAAGAAAGAGAGAAAAUCAAGAAAGAAAGAGUUGCAGGAAUUGUUUCUCUGACAAAAGCUCACUCUCUUAAAAACCAAAUAGGAUUUCUCUGCAACAUCAGCAAUCAGUGUAAGAAGUGAUUGGGUUUGGUGGUCAAUAACGAAUGGGCUGAAUUAAGAUCUAUUUCAUAGGUUUAGUCGGAUUGUCUGUGAAUAGUUUUCUGUCGGAGAAGUCACCUCCGCAGCGUACUUCUCGAGAGGGCGUAAGCGCUAAGGGGUACUCAUCCCCCGUGUUUUAUUAAUUAAGAAAGAAAAAACAUUUGAUCUAUCGAUGGCGACGUACUUUCAUGGAAAUUCGGAAAUACAAAAUGAUGGAUUACAGACACUGUAUCUGAUGAACCCUGGUUACGUUGGAUAUUCUGACACACCUCAUCAUCAUCCGCAACCAGGCGGAAACAUGGCAGUUUUCUUAAAUCCGAAUGGAAAUUCAAUAAAUCAAGCUAGUUUAUCACAAAACCAAACUCAGGGUCAUCAUUUCGUUGGAAUUCCUCUUCAACCAACUCCAUCUGCAACAACAUCUCAAGAUCCAUCUCUACAUGGGUUUGUUCCACGUGUCCAGUACAAUUUAUGGUCAUCCAUCGAACAACAAAUGAAUAGUAAUACUAAUAAUUCAGCAGCAGGAAAUACUUCAUCAAUUGGUGUUACAGAUUAUACAUCACAACUUGGUAUCAGAAGAUCAUCGAUGAUUCCACCAUCAUCAUCUCAGCAAGGCCUAUCGUUAAGUCUAUCACCACAACAACCAACUGGUUUCCCAAAUUAUCAUCGUACGGAAACUAAUAAUAUCCCACCCGCAUCAGUUAUAACUCCAACUAGUGGUGCUGGUGGUGAUGAGGUUAGAGCUUCAGGUGGUUCUUCUCCUUCUGCUUCAGGUGUUUCUAAUGGAACUUCAAAUAUACAGAGUGUUCUGAUGGGUUCUAAAUAUUUGAAAGCUGCACAACAACUUUUAGAUGAAGUUGCUAAUGUUGGUAACGGAAUCAAGACUGAAUUAUCAAAAGGAAGUAAAAGUCAGGUUAAGAUAAGCAGAGGAGAGUCAAGUACUUCUAUGACUGGUGGUGAAGGUUCUUCAAUGGGUGGUGGUGGUGGUGAAUCAAGUAGUAUGAGAAAAGGAUCAGACCUUACAACAGCUGAAAGGCAAGAAUUUCAAAUGAAGAAAGCUAAGCUUGUUUCCAUGCUUGAUGAGGUAGAACAAAGAUAUAGGCAGUAUCAUCACCAGAUGCAAAUCGUAGUCAAUUCAUUUGAACAAGCAGCGGGAUUUGGUUCAGCAAAAACAUAUACAGCUUUAGCUUUACAAACCAUCUCAAAGCAAUUCCGCUGUCUAAAAGAUGCCAUAUCGACACAAAUCCGAGCAGCAGGCAAGAGUUUGGGGGAAGAAGAUAAUUUCGGUGGAGGGAAAGUUGAAGGUUCAAGACUUAGGUUUGUUGAUCAUCAACUUCGACAGCAACGGGCACUUCAACAGCUCGGAAUGAUACAACACAAUGCUUGGAGGCCGCAGAGAGGGUUGCCAGAGAGAUCAGUAUCCAUUCUUCGUGCUUGGCUCUUUGAACAUUUUUUGCACCCAUAUCCCAAGGACUCAGACAAGGUCAUGCUUGCUAAGCAGACAGGGCUUACUAGGAGCCAGGUAUCAAAUUGGUUCAUUAACGCCCGUGUGCGUCUCUGGAAGCCAAUGGUUGAAGAAAUGUACAUGGAAGAAGUGAAGGACCGAGAACAGAAUGGAUUGGAGGACAAAACAGGGAAGAACAAAUUGACCAACGACGAAUCAGGUUCAAUGUCUACGGAAAACAGUCCGCACAGUUCAGACCAAACUAAAGGCUUUGGUUCUAAACAAGAUAAACCCACAGACUCGAGUGUUCCUCACACUGCAGUUUCUAAUUUAUCUAUCCCUGCUUCGACCAUGAAAGAAAGUUUACAUGCCCAGGCUGGAUUCUUUUUAGGUUCAUCAAAUGCAGAAGGGACGGUGCAAGGAUAUCCCAAGAAAUCACGGAACACUGAGUUGCAAAAUCCUCAAAAUACCGUUCAACCAAUGGAUAUGGAAAUGAAGCCCUCCGGAGAAACAAACAGAGAACUCUGCAUGAAUUUCGGAAACGAAAGGCUAAACAGAGAUGGUUAUUCACUGAUAACAGAAGCAGCGAAUCAUGGAGGAGCAUUCGAUGCUUAUCAUCACCAAAUGGGAGAGAUGGGAAGGUUUGAUCCUGAACAGUUUGCACCUAGAUACUCCAAUGGAGUUUCUCUUACAUUAGGCCUUCCCCACUGUGAAAGCCUCUCUAUGUCGAGUGCGCAACAGAAUUAUCUCACAAACCAAAAUGUUCAAUUAGGAAGGAGGCUCGAGAUUGGCAAUAAUGAACCAAAUGACUACUGCGGGAUAGAAAAAGGUUUGCCGCCCGCCUUCUAACUCUGCAACGGCUUAUGAGAACCUGAACAUGCAGAACAGAAAAAGGUUUGCCGCCCAGCUGCUACCAGACUUUGUGGCCUGAUUAAGAUGAUGACAUUAUCUUCAUCAAAGCUACAUUUUAAGGUAAGAACAUGUAGGAUUUAGGUGAUUCAAUCUAGCUAGCCAUUGCUGAAGCUAGAGAGACAAAAUUAUCUGGUUCCAUAAUCACAUCCUUUGAUGAAUUCUUCAUUCCUGCAUUAGCAGGAAACGGAAUACCUGUUGUGCUGUUACUGGUGUUAGGAUUAGUGUAUAAAAGGAAAAAAGGGCUGGCUUGUCAUACAGGGUUUAUACAAGUUUAGAAUCGUCGUUUGUGUUAAGAGUUAAUGAGUUUACAAGGUUAAAUGGUGAAGAAUAGAUCGAAGAUUGUAUAUUAUAGUUUGAUUUUUCAUACCCAUGAAAAACAUAGCUACAUUAAUAUAGAAGAUAUAUAAAUCAUAAUAAUGAUGAUGAUGCAUAUCUGAACAAGCUUGUUAUACAAAUAUAUGUAAUAUAAAUUUUGUAGAACUAGUCAAUCAGUGUUGGUAUUUUUUCUGUUUUCUGUAAGAAAAUGAAAUAAAAAGGCUCAAGUGGUGAAGGUAAGCUACGCCUUCUCUUUCUUUGGAGCACUGGGAAUCCGAGUUCCGGAAUCCCCUAUACCUGCA